ACACACGAGGCUACAAUGCCCGUAAUGAUAGUAAAUGAAAGUUGAGAGGGAAAUAUCAGGUGAUAUUACUACAGCAGUCAUUCGUUCAUUGUCCUUAAUGUCAUGUAAAUACGGCUUUCCUGGUAAAGGAAUUCACACCGUGGUAUGUGGGAUUAUCGCUCCACCUCUUCUUUUUAUUUAUUAAACUAAUUUGUUUGUGAUCAGGGGUCGGCAACUAGCCCACCAGCAUUAAUAUCUGGCCCGCAAGAUGUUUUUUGAUUGUGGCUUUAAUUAAUUUGAUUCUUUUCUUAACAACAACGCAGUGACAAUCAGUACUGUGGUAAAUAUUUAUUUGCAGUUACCGUGACAGCCUUACAUGUAAGCUUUAAAAUCAGGCAGACUUGACAAAAUCCAAAUGAACGUGAAAAAUGUGUGUUUGUGGAAAAAUGGAAUUGUAUAUUGAAAUCCAGAACAAAGGAAGUGGACUGAGCCUUCUCAUUCUCUUACAGAUUUAAACUUCUUCUCCUUCCUCCAAGGCGACAAUCAUCAGCAUUACAACAUGGUGAUGGCUGCCGCCGCAGCUGCUUCAGCGUCAGAGGACCCUGACCUGCUCCUCAACCGCUUCCUGCCGUACGGCUCCUCUCAGAUGUUGAGGGAGCAGCCGGGGACCCCUGGGAGCAGCACGCUGGCAGCCACCAACGGAGGCAGCAACAGCGGCAGCACCAGUAGUUUGGUUUCGUCCAGCAGUCUACGGGAUCGGGACAAAGACAGAGACAGCCACUCCAUCUCAGGAUUGUCGCGGUCCUCGGUGGAAGCUGCAGCAGCUGCCAUUUAUGGAUCCGUGUCUGACGUUAUCUCUCUUGACUAGAUCCACACAGAACUGAAUGACAAGGGAGACCUCGACACAGGAGCUCUUUGUAAAUAAGGAAGAGGAAGAAGAAAGAAUACAGUGCUAUGUACAGAGAGGAAAAUCUAUUUUCAAUUUUACUUAUCAUAUGUAUAUAAACUUAGGACGCUUCAUGUCCAGUGAGUUACUUCAGUUGAUAUUUUUCUGUGAAGACUGAAGACUUUUUCACACCUCUUCAUGUGGUCCUUCGAUUAUAUUGUACCUUUUGUACCUGGUUUUUACAGUUUUGUUUAAUAUUUCAUGUCAAUGGCAUUAUUUCAGUCAACUAUUAUGUGCACAGCACCCAAUGAGGUGACACCUCAUGGAACAUUAUCUUUAGAAUAUAAAGAAAAUGGGCAUUGUAAUAGUAACUUAUACAAAUGGCAAGAGACAGCAAAACAGGACCAUGUGUU